GCGCUGAUAAGGGACAAGCCGUGGCUUUUCCAACCAUGCGACUUUUUCGUCUGGGACUUAUUUUUUCUUCGUUUCUUGUACUGAUCGAGGGAAGAACUUUCUCGAUAGACUACGCGAAUAAUCGGUUCUUGAAAGAUGGCCAGCCUUUCAGGUACGGUUCUCUGCCAGGAACUUUUUGUUAAAGUCAACUCCCACCCUGCGUUAAACUUUAAAAAUUUACAGAUCAAAUAAAGCUGCUGUGAUAGCGGAACCGAAUAGAAGUUUUCGAAAGACGGCACUAAACUUUUUUUUUCAAUAUCAUUUUCUUCAGGCUUGAGGAUAUGUAAAUAAAAGUCUCCAGGAUAUGUAAAUAAAAUCUUAUUGAGAAAGUUUCUGAAGUAUCAUCCAUUGCAGACGGGUCUCUAACUCUUUUUCAUGUCUUACCAGGGAAGACUAUUCGAUACCUAACAAAAGUUAUCUGCUAAGCUCAAAACUGUGCAGAAAAUGCUUUUUUUUUCGAUUUUUUUUGUGGGAAAGUUUUUUUUAUUUGGGUGUUUAUAAUAAACAGGGCAGUCAGACUUUCUAAAAUUCUGAAGCCAGUUUUCUACGCAUUUCCAACUGGCCUUCUCUCGAUAUCUCAGUAGAUUUUUUGAAUAUUUUUUCUUGGAAAUACCACAUAAGUUGGAACUUGAUCUGCUAUGUACAUCUGUAUACUAUUUGCACGGUCAAAAAUAGUCUCCCGCGGAUUUUUCCCUUUAGAUACAUUGCGGGAUCCGUCCAUUACUUUCGCACGCAUCCUGCCCAAUGGAACGACCGGCUGACGGCCGUUCGAGCCGCCGGCCUCAACGCCAUCACCACCUACAUCCCGUGGAACUUCCACGAAACUUUCGAAAAACAGUUAUUUCGGACCUUCUUAUUCUGCACACCGUUCAUUUUUAAUUAAGAUACAAUUUCUCCGGUUGGCGAGAUAUCGGAAAGUUCUUCGAGCUCGCCGCUGCGAAUGAGCUGGCAGUGAUUCUGAGGCCAGGACCUUACAUCUGCGCCGAAUGGGAAAACGGGGGACUGCCAUAUUGGCUGUUGAAAACGCCCAACAUCGGGCUCCGAAGCUCGCAGCCUGAGUAGGUCUUCUCGAUUUUUCAAAGCAUCUAAUUAGGAAGAAAAAAUAAUAGAAAAAAAAUGAACUUUCUUAGCUUUCUGAACGCCGCACUCGGUUGGUGGGACGUCUUAUUGCCAAAGGUCGAGCCCUACCUUUGGAAAAACGGUGGUCCUGUAAUCAUGGUUCAGGUAUUGAUUUUUUUUUUCUCGCUGAGGAUUGCGCAGGAUUGUCUUUUCAGGUGGAGAACGAGUACGGGAGCUUCGGAUGCGAUGCGGCCUACCGCGACGCCUUGCGAGAUAAGGCCAUCCAGAAACUCGGAGCCGACACCGUUCUUUUCACUAGUCAGUUCCACAAGACAAUGCGAAUUUCAGACUAACUGGAUCUUGUCCAAACUUUUCGUUAAGGAAGUCUAGGGGAGGGUUUUGAAAAAGUAUUUGUUAGAAAAGCUCGAAUGCUGCUUUCCUCAGUAUCAGGAAAAUAUAAUAGUUUUUAUCAUGAUUGUUUGUGAAUAUUUUUGGAUUGUUUGAAACUUAAAGAUCGAUGAAAAUUAUUGUUUGAAUAUUUUCUGCCCUUUUUCGGCAAAUUUUGUCGGUUCCUUCCGAAACAUGAACUUUUCGAGUACUCCUACGGCUACCAAUCACAAAAUUUUGAGCCAGAUUUGGAACUAUUAGGUUGGCAUGAAAGAAAUGCGGCUCUUUUUUGCCGGCUUCUGAUUCAUUCAAGAAGCAAUAUUAUUUGAAACGAUAUUUUUUGUCGAAAAGGGCUUGUCCUUGUGCGUCAUUGGAUAUAUAGUUUGCUGACGUUCAUUCCGCCUUUCUAUAAGAAAAAUAGCUCUAAAAACUUCCUUUCAAAAACUGUAUUCGCGGACCUAGUUUUCGCGUUAUUUCAAAAAGUACAAAUCAAAUUCAGAAGUUUGGCACCUUUCAAUAUUAUGAUCACCAUUGAUGCUUUUUUCAGAUAGUUAACAUUUUGAAUCGCUUUAGCGCUAUUCACUAGGCGAAAAAACCUUUGAAAUCAAAAAACACGAAAAAAUCGACGAUGAAGGCGAAUUUAAAAUGCCAUUAGAUUGGAUUCACAACACGCGCCUUUGAAACUGGCUUAUCAGUUAUUAUACACCCAUAUCUGCAAAAGAAAACAGUUUUUUUACGCAACGUAGUGCAAAAAAUGAGAAAUGAAAAAUGGCUUCAAAAUAUCGCUUUUUCGUUUUUUUUGCGAAAAUGUGUUAGCCCAAAAUCAGAAAAAACUUUCUGCAAAUUUCUGCUUUUCCCGCUACAAUGCUCAGACAUGGCUCUUCGCAUUUAUCAUCUGUCCGAAUCAUUGGAUCGCUUAACAGCCAGAAAAAAAAAUUGAAAAACUCCGAUGAAGUCCAAAUUUGGGGGUGCAACUUCGUUGACUCGUAGGCGGCCCAGUUUGUCAGAGAGAAUAACCAUUCUCUGCGUGAGCAUUGUUGACGAGGUGCUAAUACAAAUAGGAAUUACAUUUCGAAUUAAUUUGGGAUAACCUUGUUUUUAUGAUAAAAAUAAAUGGCAUCAAAAACACGCAUUUCUUUCCUGCCACCCUAAGUUCGAACUUGUAACCUCUCGUGAGGCUGUUUCAGUGAGAAGCAUAAAGUUUUUCAAGAUUUAUUUUUGCGAAAGUUUUUUUUGAUCUAAACUCUUGUUACAAUUGAUUCCUGCGAAGAUUUUCUUUUUUUUUUACUGAAUUUGAACUUUUCAAAGUUUGCUUCUAACGAGAAAUCAGGCCUUCACUUGAUAUUUCGUAAGCUGGAAAUUCCAUAUCUUCAAAACUGAAAGGUGAAGUUUCCUCAUAUUCAGGUUCUGGCUAUAAGGAAACUUGAACUAGACCUCCAGAGUUAUUGGACUAAUUCAAACACAAUUUCAUUCUUCUCAUUGGAAUGAUUACUAGUUACAGAUUUCCGCAGAUGAUUCAAAAAAGCUCAGAAUCUAUUUUUGAUUCAUCCGAAUUUUUUUUUAAACAUUUUUUGAAACCACAAAUUUUUCAAACUAUAUUUUCAGCCGAUCCACCAGAAUUCAUAAAAUGCGGCGCGAUUGACGGCGUCUACGCGACUGUAGACUUCGGUCAACGCGGACUUCUACUAAUGGACGAGUAUUUUUCGAUUCAGCGAAAACACAACCCUCAAGGUUUUCAGUCUACCUGUUCCAAUACAAAAUUUUUGAAAAUUUCGCAAUCUUUUCUAGGAAGGAUAAGGCUUCUUUAAGAAAAUCAAAAAAAAAAAGCGGAAGAAUAAGUUGAAAAGGAGGAAAGUUUUUCAGAAAAAAAUUUAUGAUGAAAAAAAUUUUUUUCAAUUAAUUUUUUUGUUCUAAAAAGGCUGAACACUGAAGGCAAAAAAACAUCAGAUAAAUGGAGUUUUAUGGUUUUAGCAAUGACGACGGUAUAUAGGCAGAAUUUGAAAAAAGAAAAAAUUGUUGAGUUAUAAUGUUUGAGAGAAAAUGGAUGUUCAGGAGGACCGCGUGUCAAUUCGGAGUAUUACCCAGGAUGGUACUCGACUUGGGGAGGAGCAGCUCUGCCAAAUCAGCAGUCUUCGCCCGAAUCUGGUGGCUACUUUUGUGGAAUUUGGAACUCGACUUUGAUUUUUUAGUUUUAUAGAGCGUCGAACAUUAUCUUUCGAAUUUCAUUUUGAACAAAAUUUUCAGUCCUCGAAAUGACUGAGAAGAUGUUUGCGCGCAACGCUUCAUUCAACUAUUACAUGUUCCACGGCGGCACAAAUUUUGAGUUUUGGAACGGCGCGGAGUACGACGCUGGGGUUAGUUUCCAGAAUUUCUGUGGAGUUUGGGUUUUCGAGACCCAUUAUUCGUUUCAUUCAAUUCUUUGUACCGUCAGCGAUGAGGACUACGUAGCCGUGGUCCCCCCCUCCCUACCAAAAUUUCUUAAGCCCCUUGAUUGGGUCUCGCCGGGGGUUGAACUUGUGACCCUUCGAACUGUAGACACGCACACCACCUGGAGCGCUACGACGCGCCGCAUUGAAACAUAUUGAAACAGUUUAAUUUUUUAUUUCCAUUGGUUAUCCAUCUUUCAAAAGAAACUAUUGCGAACAUUUUUUUUCUGAGUUUUACAGUUUGAAAAAAACUUCUCCGAAGUCAAUUUUUGUCGGCUUCAAAAGUCUUAACUAUGGCAUCAACUGAGGAAAUCGAAGCCAUUUUUUGAGAAUAUAAUAAUAUUCGAAUAAUUAACACUGUGAGAAAAAAAACCACGUUCCGAAAAAAAAAUUCAUGAAAUUUCUGUUCCAGUUGGUCACCUCUUAUGACUAUUCUGCGCCUUUGACAGAGGCCGGCGCUGCCAACGAAAAAUACAAAAAAGUGGCCGAUUUCAUUUCGAAGAUCCCAGGCUGGCCGAAUCCGCCGUCCCCGACUCCCAGGCCAUCUCCGUGAGUUUCUUUUUGAAUAUAAAUUAUUCAGCUUGUCAAAAAGAUAAAAAAUGUUUGUUCUAAGAGGAAAGAAGAGUUCCAGAUCUUUUGCGAUGCCUUCAAUAAGCCUCAAACGGAUGGGAAACAUAAACGAAUACCUGAAAAAUGGCAUGCUUUUCACAGCUUCUCGAGUCCAAACCUCCAAUCAACCGACGAACUUUGAAAACGUGAGGUUCUUGGCUGCAACCGACCUCAGUCCGCAGACUUUGAGCUGGACCAGCCUUUCGGAUUCGUCAUGUACGAGACGACGGUGACGGCCGCCCAGGUGGCGUCGAUCAGCGGCAACUUUUUCAACGGUUCGAUGGUCCGAGACUUCGGAUAUGUCUACAUUAAUGAGACCUACAAGGUUGGACAUCCAUUUUUCCAGUAAUUCUCAGUGCGAAUUUUGAAAUUUUUGUGAGAACUCAUUCAAUUAGGACUGUAUAUCACAGUAUGAGUUUGCGCAAAAUUCUAGAUUUGAAAUAAGAAUUUCAAAAUUUUAUAUUUUUGUCGCGAAAAUGUUUAUUAAGUUUCAGGUUCAAAGCUGAAUGACUACCUUUUGAUUUGAAUUUAUUGUUUUCAAACCAUUUUCUUCGAGAAAGGUUUUUUUCAGUUCACACUUUCGACGCAUUUCAAGCCGAACACAGUGACGAGUGGCCGGCUUACCGUAUCUGCCGGUGACGUCAUCAGGAUUCUUGUUGAGAGCCAGGGCCGCCUCACUUGGGAAACCAUCAAAGACUUCAAAGUGAGGAAAUUUGAAAAUGUUCACUAGCGAAUCGUUUUUAGCUUCUUAACGGAUCCUUUUUAGCUUUAUAACGCAGCAAAAAAUAAAUCGUAUCAUCUUUUUAGGAACAUCAACUUUUUUUGGACUUUUUCCAUAGAUUAUCCGAUUCACCAAAAUUUGAAAAGGUGUUCCAAUCGAAAUAAAAAGAUGUUAUUGCGUCAGAACCAAUUAGUGAUAUCACUAAAGAAACGAUAAGACCUCUCUAAUGAUCCCUUUGAGGGAAUAAUCGGAACGCCGACGCUUGGAGGAGUUCCACUGCUCAACUGGAAGCAGACGCCGAUCGACAUCGAAAAAAUAAGUGAAGGUCGAGCUCCUCCACCGGUUUGGCAUUCGUUUUGCGCGUCGCAAUGGAGCUAUUUGAGUCGUUGACCGGCUUCCGGCCGGCGGACGUCUUCUACGGCGAAGUGGCGCUGGGGACACGCAUCGCCGACACCUACAUCGACAUGUCCAGUUGGGGCAAAGGCGUCGUCUUCAUCAACGGCUUCAACAUUGGCAGAUAUUGGUCUACGCAUGGACCUCAGGUUGAUAACUCUUUGAUGAAAUGAUCGUUUUUUUUUAAUUUUUCCUCCUUUUUUCAUUAUUUUUUCGACGUUUUAAACUUUCUAAAACACUUUCGGGAGGUCUAAAUUAAGAUCCUUCAUAGCCUAAUCUGCGGUUUUUUUUUGAGAUUGGAGUCAGAUUUUGCGUUUAAAAAGAAUCAGACCAAAAACUCAAAUUUCAUGUUUGAGAAGUUGAAGUAGCGACUAAAAGAAGUCUCAAACUCUCACUUUCAAAAGAUGUAUGAGCGAAUUUUUAGAAAACUCUAUUCUUCAUAUAAAAAUGGCCAUUCUUUUGAGUUCUUGAUGAACUUCAGAAGCGUAGACCAAAAAAUUCAACUUUCAGAAAGCUCUUUACGUGCCGCUGCCCCUCCUGAAGCCGUCGGACUCUAACACGAUCGCCGUCUUCGAACUCGAGAAACUCUCAUCCGAUUGCCUCGCCACAGGCACUUAUUGCACCAUAAACCUUAUAAAUCAUCCAAUCCUUUGA